AUGGGUCAGCUGAACGGUGAACCGGCUGCUUUGCAGUCCAAGGACCACCGCGACCUGCUCGAUGUUAUCGACGGGUUGCGGUCUCAAGGUCUUGGUCGAUACGUCGACCUGCCCCAGAUUAUCGUCUGUGGCGAUCAGUCAUCGGGCAAGAGUUCGGCGCUCGAGGCCAUCUCUGGCAUGUCUUUUCCCGCUAAAGACAACCUGUGCACUCGCUUUGCGACCGAGUUGAUCCUCCGGCGGACAUCGACGACCGGCAUUGACAUCAGCAUCAUCCCCGGAGCUGGACGAUCCGAUAAAGAAAAGGCUAAGCUUGAGGGGUUCGGCCACAAGCACGCCGGUGCCGUGGAGGAGCUGGACUUGGGCAAAAUUGUUGAGAAAGCCAAGGACAUCAUGGGCUUGAACAGCGACAACAAGGUCUUCAGCACCGACAUCCUCCGCGUCGAGCUUUCCGGUCCCGCACAGCCCCAUCUGACUUUGGUCGACCUUCCCGGUCUCUUUCUGGCCGGCAACAAGGACCAGUCCGAGGAAGAUGCAGCCCUUGUGGAGGCGCUCGUGCUGUCAUACAUGCAGAAUCCACGCACCAUUAUCCUUGCCGUAGUGUCCGCAAAGAGCGACUUCGCACUCCAACAGGUGACCCGCCAUGCCAGGGCUCAGGAUCCUGAGGGAGCCCGCACCCUGGGCCUCAUCACAAAGCCCGACACGCUGGACGAGGGUUCCGAUAGCGAGCGCUUCUACAUCGAGUUGGCGCAGAACAAGGACGUCCAAUUUCGUCUUGGCUGGCAUGUUCUGCGGAACCGAACCUAUGCAGAGCGCGACGCCUCGACUGCUGCCCGAGAUGCCGCCGAAGCCGCCUUCUUUUCCAGGGGUGUCUGGAAGUCGCUUAAGCCCUCGCAGCUCGGUGUCGCCGCGCUCAGGAUUCGCCUGAGCCACGUCUUGCGCGACCAGAUUCUCAAACAGCUGCCCAGCGUCCUUGAGGACGUGACUGAGGGUCUCAACGACUGUAAGAACACUCUGGUCCGCUUGGGCGCCGAGAGAUCGACAAUCGCGGAGCAGCGCCGCUACCUUCUCAGAGUGAGCACCGAGUUCUCGAAUUUGGCCAAGGCGGCCAUCGACGGUAUCUACACCCAUGCGUUCUUCAAUGACUCCAAGGACAGGUGCCUUCGCGCGGUUAUUCAAAACACUCUGACGGAGUUCGCCGAGGAAAUGCGGAAGAAAGGCCACGCCAGAGCCAUUGUUGAUGACUUUGACGGUGAACACGAGGACUCUGACGAUGAGCCGCCUUCUAUCUCCCGAUCUGAGUACAUAGACGAGGUGAAACAGCUGAUGCGAGAGACCCGGGGUCGAGAGCUUCCUGGCACGUACAACCCCCUCAUUGUCACGGACCUCUUCAGAAAGCAAUGCAAGCCGUGGAAGAGCAUGGUUCAAAGCCUUCUAGAGCGGGUUUUCGCAGCGGCCUCCAAGACAACCGACUCAAUCGUCCGUUAUGUAGCCGACGGGGAGACCGCUGAAGGACUCCUGAGCCAGAUUCUGAACCCGACAUUGGAGGAGUUCAAAAAAGAACUCAGCGGCAAGGCCGACGAGGUUCUCGAGCCCCACGUGUCAGGUCAUCCGAUCACGUACAACCACUAUCUGACCGACAACGUCCAGAAAGCGCAGGCCCAGCGCUUGCGUAAACGAGUAGAGCAGCAGAUGCUAGCUUAUCUGGGUUUCAGCACGCUCCCCAAAGAAGUACUCUGUGUCGAAUUCCCUAAGCUACUAGACUCACUCAUGACGGAGCUGGAACCAGACAUGGACACGUACUCGUGCUCCAUGGCAAUCGACAUGAUGGAAGCAUAUUACAAGGUCGCACUGAAAACACUCGUCGACUCCAUAAGCACGCUCGCCAUCGAGCGCUGCCUCGUGCAGAAGCUCCCAUCCAUUCUCUCCCCGGAGAUUGUGUGCGACCUCUCGGACGAGGAGGUGAAGCACAUCGCGGGGGAGAGCAACGAGUCGGCGGCGGAAAGGGCGCAGGCCACCGAGAAACUCGCAGUGUUGGAGAAUGCGUUGGCUGAUUUGAAGCGGCUGAAGGUGCAUGGCAGUCAGGUGGUGAAUGGUAGCAAGGAGAUGUGA